GAGGAACCCUGGGUAAAGGGGCGGGGUCUCAGGGAGAGCGUCAGACACAGGAAGUGAUGUCAGGUGUGAGAGAAGCUGAGGCAGGGACAGGAAGUAGCUGAUCUGUGGUGACAGGAAGUGAACCGAGAUGGAGGCGAAGAUGUUGCUGCUGCUGCUCUCCACUCUGGACCCUGGGUCCGUCCUCUCUGGUUCUGAAAGGCACAGACAUCAGGAGGAGAACCAGGAUCUGCAAGUACAAACAGGUCCAGCAGUCGGCAGCCAUCAUGGCCGCCCCAUGCCAGGCUCUCCAUAUGACAUCAGCAGGAACGCCGCCGCUGUCCAGCAGGCCGUCCUCAGCGCCGCCCACUCCUUCAACAACCAAUCAAACGACGCUUUCCUGUUCAAGCCGUCGGCCGUCAUCAGAGCGCAGCGACAGGUGGUCAGAGGGAUCCGGUACAUCGUGGACUUCCAGAUCUCCAGGACGGUUUGUCCAAAACGGAACCGGACCUCGGACCUGAACCGGUGCCGCCUCCAGCCUCCGGGCCGGCUGGCUCAGACCUUCCGGUGUCACCUGGAGCUCUGGCUGAUCCCCUGGAAUCCUGGGCGGGAAACCCUGGAGCUGCUGUGCAGAUCGCACCACCAGGAACCGGUUCUGAUCUGAAACCAGCUCUGAUCCAAAAUCAGAACCGGUUCUGAU